CCGAUUGACGCGCACGGAGCAGGUGUUUAAAUUAUUCGCCGGGGAAAGAAGUUAAUUUAGUGCAACUUAAGUAUGAGUCAUCUAUCCGUUGAUUCGCUUCCAGAACCGGGUGAUCGAUAUGUUCUGGGUGAUGUGUUAGGAAUUGGUGUUUGGGCGAAGGUUUAUAAAGCCAGUGAUACGCAGUCGGAUGGUAAAACGGUUGCGAUAAAAGUUCAACCAUAUGAAGAGGAUUUAAUUGUGCAUAUUAAUGAGGAAUAUCGCAUUCUAAGAGAUUUUUCCAGCCACCCAAAUCUUCCGGACUUUUUGGGAGUUUAUCGUAAAAAAGGCGAUGGAGAUAAUCCCGAUGAGAUCUGGUUCGUUUUGGAGUAUUGUGCAGGUGGAUCAGCUGUGGAAUUCGUAAAUCGCUUGCAAACGGCCAAUAGGAAAAUCAGCGAAGAACACAUUGCCUACAUUUUACGUGAAACUGCCAAGGGUCUUAUUCAUCUUCACAAAAAUCAUGCAAUCCAUCGCGAUGUGCGUGGCAAUAACAUUUUAUUGACAAGUGAGGGUGAAGUGAAAUUGUGCGACUUCGGGCUGGCGAGAGACAUCAAAACAACUUACGGACGGCGAAGCACUUGCAUUGGCUCACCAUGUUGGAUGGCACCGGAAAUGGUUACGAAUGCGAAACCACGUCGUGUCGAUUACGAUGAAGGAUCGGGCGACGACGAUGAAGACGGCGUAUAUGGAAACAGAGUUGACGUUUGGGCACUUGGAAUUACUGCAAUUGAGUUGGCCGAUGGUGCAGCUCCAUUUUUAGACAUGCAUCCGACCAGAGCAAUGUUUCAAAUUGUUCGGAAUCCACCUCCGACUCUGUACAGACCAGCGAACUGGUCACAGAACUUAAACGAUUUCAUUGCAGAAUGUUUAGAGAAGAAUUGGGAAAAUCGUCCCUUUUUGGUUGAGGUUCUAGAACACCCUUUCAUUACAGACUUGAAAGGUGACACCAACAAUGACCAUCAUCUGUCAUGCGAAAUAAAACAUUUGAUCAAUAAUGUGGCCGGUCCUUUAAGAGGCAAUAAGAGAGAGGAAAUUUCUAUCAUCAGAGGAUAUCUGAAGAAGUACCAGCGUAAUCCUGAGAAAAUGUUUAUUGAAGAUUUGGCAGCACUGGAAAAAGUAACAGAGGAAACAAUAGCAGACGAAAUUAGAAAUCGCUUGAAAAAAGGUCACUCGUACACUUUUAUUGGAGAUGUCCUACUCUCCUUGAAUUCUAAUGAAAUGCCAACUUCUUUUCCGAAGAGCGCUCACAAUAAAUACGUGUGCAAGUCACGCUCCGAGAAUGCACCUCACAUCUUUUCGGUGGCCGACAGUGCCUAUCAAGAUAUGUUACAUCAUGAAGAGUGUCAGAACAUCGUUUUUGCCGGUGAAUCCUAUUCAGGCAAGUCCACAAAUGCUAAGCUGGUAGUGGAUCAUCUGCUCGUUUUGGGCGAAGGAAAUAAAGGCAUCUCUGAUCGUUUGCGAGACGCUACAAACGCGGUUCAUAUGCUGAUAAAUGCUGGUACACCGCUAAAUCCCAAUUCGACACGAUGUGCCUCGAUGACUCAAGUAACAUUUGGCUCUACUGGUAAAUUGAGUGGUGCCAUAUUUUGGAUAUACUUGCUGGAGAAAAUUCGUGUUUCGUCUACCGAUAUGAAUCAAGCGAACUUCCAUAUAUUCUACUUAUUUUACGAUGCCAUGAGUUCGUCAAAUGAAUUAGAGAAGUAUUCAUUGGAGUCCGGUCGAGGAUAUCGGUAUCUAAGAAUCCAGGACUCACCGCCCGCAUCGAAGUUUCCCUACAUAAGGGACGACCCGGAAGGAAAUGUGGAAAAAUUUGCCAAUUUCGAAACUCAAUUGACCGCACUCGGAUUUGAGCACGAGCAAUUGGAAGUCAUUCGAAAGAUUUUGGCUGCCAUUCUUAUACUGGGAAAUGUACGGUACAUGGAUGAUGGAAAGUUUGCGGCGGUCGAAAAUACGAAUGUCUCUCAAAUAGUAGCCAAACUUCUCAAUAUUGAUGAGAAAAAAUUCCAAUGGUCGUUGGAAAAUUAUUGCGUUAUCAAAAGUGGCACGGCUGAAAGACGUAAACAUACGCCCGAUGAGGCACGAGAUGCACGUGAUGUACUAGCCGCAACAAUCUAUUGUCGUCUGGUUGAUUGGAUUGUGAACACAAUCAAUCAAAAAUUGGCAUUUAGCAGAGCAGUUUUCGGUGAUAUACACAUGAUUACAUUGACUGAUAUGUUUGGUUUUGAGUGCUUUCAUAGAAACCGCACCGAGCAGCUAAUGAUUAAUUCGCUAAACGAACAAAUACAAUAUCACUACAACCAACGAAUGUUUGUUUGGGAAAUGAUGGAACAGGAAGAGGAAGAGAUCCCGGUCACUUCUCUACAUUACUAUGACAACAAAUUAGCGGUUGACCAUCUUAUGUCUAAGCCACAUGGAUUAUUUUAUUUGAUAGACGAGGCGACCAGAGGUAGACAGUCUGAGGACUUUAUUACUGAUUCGAUUAAUUCCAAGAAAAGCACUCACAUACAGAGAAUAACCGGGCACGAAUUCAGCGUAGCUCAUUACACCGGAAAGAUUACAUAUGACGCAAGAGAUUUGGCAGAUAAAAACCGCGACUUUUUGCCACCGGAAAUGGUUGAAACAAUGAGAACAUCCACUGAUUGUAUCGUUAAAAUGAUGUUCACCAAUCAACUUUCGAAAACCGGAAACCUAACAAUGGCUUACGAGGAGCAACAAGUGAGCAAAUCCAAGCCAAGCGGUAAAUCAAAGUGGGGUGCCGCCCUGGUUGCCGAAAAAACGAGUACGAAGAAAAUUAAUACAUUGUCGCACGGCCAAUAUUCGCAAGUUCAUAAAAUGCGAACGUUGUCAAGUGUUUUUCGAGCAACCAGUUUGGAAAUACUAAAAGGACUUUCAGUUGGUGGUAACAGUGGCAAUACACAUUUUGUUCGAUGCAUUCGUGCUGAUUUAGAGCAUAAUCCACGGGGCUUUCAAUCCGACAUGGUUUAUCAACAAUUACGUGCUUUGGCUAUUCCCGAUACAGUUGUUGCAAGACAAAAGGGUUACCCACAAAGGAUUUCUUUCCAAGAGUUUUUGAGACGCUAUAAGUUCUUGGCUUUUGAUUUCGAUGAAAAUGUGGAAAUGACAAAAGACAACUGUCGGCUACUUUUGAUUCGAUUAAAGAUGGAAGGAUGGAUUAUUGGAAAAACGAAAGUUUUUCUGAAAUAUUACAACGUCGAGUAUUUGUCGAGAUUGUACGAAACUCAAGUGAAGAAAAUCGUUAAAGUGCAAUCAAUGAUGAGAGCUUUCCUUGCGAAACGGAACGUGGCCUCAAAAAUCGAAAAAAUUCGUCAAAAUUCUGUUCAAAAGGAAUUAAAACGAGACACGUCCACUGAUGAGGCAGCUACAACUAUUCAAAAAGCUUAUCGUGGAUUCAUCACCCGCCGAAAAUACGGUUCCUUAAUAAAUAAACGAACAGGAAAAAUAGACGCUGAAACAUCUGCAUUUGUGAAAAAUUACGCAAAACGAUGGAAAGAGAAAUCAAUUUUUCAAAUUUUGUUACAUUAUCGCGCGGCACGAUACCAUGAUCUCGUUAAUAUGUCCCAACAGGUGCACAUUUUCAAUCAGGGCACUGUAACUGCAUUGCAAAAGACCAACGAAUGCAUUCUUCUCGACAAAGUUGAUCCGCAGGAGACGAAUCCGGCUCGUCUGGGGCCGAUUCGUCCAUCCGUUCGUAAAAUACCAUUUCGUUUUGCUGAUAUUCCUUACUUCGACACGAUGUACUUGUGUGAUCCAAUCGAAGCAUCGUACAAUACGAAUGCAGUGUCGUAUGCGGAUUCGGAUCAUGAAUCCUGGGAUGCACCGCUUCGUCGUACGAAUACCGUUUCAACGAAAAUAACAACAGCUACACAGAUGCCAUACAACCAAAGUUCGCAAACUGAUUUAAGUAUGAACGACAUAGCUACGACGCCAUUUAUCAGAGAUCCUUCUGUGCCAAUGCCUCCCAUCAAAAGACGCGGAUCGAAGCCACCAGCACCGUUACCGCCGGAGCCAAUUUAUGAAAAUCUGAAACCGCAUGAAAUCCAGAAAGCGUUUGAAGCACAUGAUAAUUUUGCCGAUAAGCCCAGUGUCUAUAAGAAAAGAGCACCUCCAAAACCAAACGGUGCAUCACUUGAAAGACCAAAUUCUUUCGGGAAAAGAAAACCGGCUCCUCAACCGAGUGCUCUUAAAAAAGUCGAUUCGAAUAGGGAACUAAAUGGACAACCUGAUGUUAUUCUCCCAAAGUUAAAUCCAGUAAGAGAAAUGCAAUUAAUUGGUAGGAACAAGAGCCAAGAAACCGACGACGAGGCUCCAUUCAACUUUCAAGGGAUGCUGAGGAAAACCAAAUACAAUCGGGCCUCUAUGAAACGAUCGGCAUCGAAUCAGGACGCACUGGAAGAUCGUGAACGGAAUGGCGUCACCUUUGAGCUGAACAACAACAGCAGAUUUGAAGAAACCAGGACGAGAUACAGUCCGCUAAAACCAUCGAGUUCAUCCAAUCUCAUCUAUGAGAGAAUUAACAGUCCAAAUGAACGAACAAGCACAGACGGAAAUAAUAGUCAUUCAAGGCAGAUCGAUUGUGACAACAAAAAAUCCCAUCCAUCAAUUACUCAAACCAACGGUAAUGAAGUUGGUGUGUACAUUCAGGAGGAAAUUCAUCCUGGAAUAAUUUUAGAAGGAUAUGCCGUCGAAAUUUAAGCCACAACCGGCGAGGAUUGUGUAAAUUAGCGGUUCAUGUUCAAUCCAUUCUUGAAAUUUUCAUUUACUCCGUCCAUGUACCGGAUGCUAUCCACUUCUGUGAAUUGAUCAAUUAUUUUAUUUAAAUUUUAUCAAUUUCCAUAAAUGCAGAGAAUGUCAAGCCUAUACAAAAUCAAUACAGUCAACUCUUUUCAUUUUAAAUAACUCAAAUCACGAAAAUUUGCUGGAAUGUGCACGAAAAAUCAACUGAAAAAUGUGUGAAUAAUUCUUCAGUGGAAUAUCAUCAUCAUCAUGACGCGGUACCGUUACGGUAUAACAACAAUAACCAAUCUAUUAGGCUUCCGCCGAUGUGUCAGGUGCUAGGGUGUCCUAUUCAAUUAUAAAAGCUAAAUUGAAUUUUGCAGGUUUUUUUUUGUGUUAGUUCGUCGGUUCGUUGGUUGGUUGUUGUUGGUGCUUUUGUUUUUAUGUGUUACGACAAUACCCUCUCUAGCAACCAAACUAGGAAAAUUAAGGUGGUAAAACU